AUGGAUUAUUUUAGUAAGUGGCCAGAAGUAUACGCUUUACCGAAUCAAGAGGCAAAAACAGUAGCAGAAGUGUUUGUACAAAACUGGGUAACAAGAUUCGGAGUCCCAAUAGAGUUGCACUCCGACCAAGGUAGAAACUUCGAAUCUACAAUAUUCCAAGAAAUUUGUACAAUGAUGGGCAUUAGAAAAACAAGGACAACGGCUCUGCAUCCACAGUCAGACGGCAUGGUAGAAAGAUUCAAUCGGACUCUAGAAGAACAUUUGCGAAAAGUUAUAAAUAAAUGCCAACGAAAUUGGGACAAGCACAUCCAAAUGUUUUUGAUGGCAUAUCGAUCGGCUAAGCAUGAGACAACGGGUCACACACCAGCGCGUGUGGUUUUUGGAUCUGAAUUGCGGCUUCCUUGCGACCUUAAGUUUGGAGCAACUAAUGCGGUUGAGCACAGUGAAGAAAACUACUGCGAUAUGAUGAAAAACGAAAUGAAUGAAUUACACCAACAGGUAAGACAACACAGCCAGCUGAUGAGUAAUAAGAUGAAAGAUCGAUUUGACCGAGCAGCAAAUUCUGAGGGAUUCGAAGAAGGCGACUUGGUGUUGCUAUAUAACCCCCAACGUAAGAAAGGUUUAUCUACGAAAUUACAAACAUCUUGGGAAGGACCGUAUAUGAUUAUGAAACGGUUGAAUGACGUCGUGUACCGUAUCCAGCGUUAUGGAACGACUUGUUGCAAAAUGAAGGUAGUGCACCUGGAGAGGCUUGCUCCGUACGGCUCUAAAGGAUUUGUGCCUGAUCGGGUCGAUCAGGCUUAA